CAUCGCUCCAGUUAUGUACGUGGGUCGAUAUAUAGGCAGUGCAGUGGAUUUUAUAGCAUCAAAAUAGAAAUCGAGAUUGGUCCUUCUACAUAUUUCACAGCUAGCACGUACUAUCUUUAUUCUUGAAAUGUGUGGCUUAUCCGCAAAGCAGAUCAAAGAUUUCCAAAUCUCGCACAUAGCUUCAAAGCAUGGGUUUAAAGGAGAAAUUUGAAGAGCAUCACUUGAAAGAUAAGCUCUUGCCUGGAACUAUUGACCACAAAGACAUGCUCAUUCUCUAUGGACUUUACAAACAAGCAAAGAUUGGAAAUGUGAACACAGAUCCGAGUACUUUCAGCAAUGGGAUAGACAUAGCAAUGUGGGAUGCGUGGAAGGCUGUUGAAGGAAAACCCACGGAUGAAGCUAUGACUGAAUAUAUUGCCAAGGUGAAGGCGCUAGUGCAUGAAACAUCAACGUCAUCUUUGACUAUAUGUCAUUGCUGCUCAAUAUGUUAAAAGUGUUAUUAUCAAGUGUGAUUAGAUAACAUUGUGAUCACUGAAUAUGACCGAGUUUCCAUUCUCGUUGCCUUUUUUUGUUUAAAAUCUCAUUUUCUAUUGGAGUAAAACGUAGUUAACUCAUAAACGUAUCAUAAUUCUGGUGUGGUAUUGCUAUGGGAAUAACGGUUUCUAUCUAUAUCUAUUGUAUAUCUGCAUGAUACUUAAUCAAUGUUUGACAACCUG